AUGCAGAAUCCUCGGUCUCCGAUCCAACAGCCUGAAGUCGAGCAGCCGGCCGCUAAGCGCAUCAAGCGGCCGCGUGCGACUCAAGCUUGCGACAGAUGCAGGUUGAAGAAGUAUAAGUGCAAUGAGCGAUAUCCGUGUUUGCAUUGUAAAAAAAGCGGCUGGGAUUGUGUGUAUCAGGGAACUUAUCGAGAGCGUGAAAGUAGCCGGUCUGCAAAUUAUGUCGCCGAACUGGAGAAGAAGCUGGAAGAGCUGACCUCGAAGCUUCGUGAUACGGAAGCCAAAGCUUCCUCUAAAGGUCCUAUUCCACCAGCAGCUGAAACGUUAUGCUCUAUGCGCAAUUCUUCCACGCCACGGGAUGUUCCGGCAAUAUCCGAGGCUCGUGAAGGACCUAGAGAAAUUUCAGACAAGCAGACUCAAGAGUUCAAUCACAUCAACACCAUUGAAUGUCACAGUAGUACGUCCCCGGCUGCAGUCAUUGGCCAUCUGAAGAAAGAGCUUGAGCCAAAAUACCAAGAAGAGCAUUUUUCUCACGCAGCUGAUUAUUCGAUCAUCUCAACACUCCGUAAUCCAAACUUGUCUCCUUUAUACGCCACUGGGCCGGGGCAGAUGCUGUCAAUUGAACAGUCAAACUACUAUUUCGACCAAGCUCAUAUCUUUAUGAAUGGAUAUUUUGAGAGCAUUCACUUCAUCCAUCCGUUUGUUGAUAAGGAGGACUUUUUCGCGCGUGCUAAUGAUCUUUGGUUUAAUCGAUCACGCAAGCCUGAGCCGAGUUUUGUCGCUCUAUACCUCAGUGUUCUAUCGCUUGGGGCUUUGGUGCGUGUAUGGGAUGAAGGUACCUUGGCCGGCUUGGGUCGGUUUGAAUGGAGCCGGAAGCUGUUUGGGGAGGCGCAGGGAUACCUGAACAACCUGCGGUUUUCGAAUGAUCUCGAAACUGCUCAGUGUCUUUACAUGAUGGCCAAAGUUUGUCAAAAUGAACUCAAUCCAAAUUUGGCCUACAUGUAUCUUGGUCUCGCAGUACGGACGUGUCUAUCUGCCGGCUUUAAUCGAGAGAUUCCGUGUCUAGGAGAUACCACCGAACGUUCUGGAUGGAUCUCAAAGACUUGGUGGGGUCUGUUCUCUUUGGAAAUUGAGAUGAGCUUUUCGGUUGGACGGCCAGACACCCUUGGAAUGGACGAAUAUCACAACCGCAGCAUUCCACCACGCGAUGAUUCUGAAUUUGCCAUCAUCCCAUGGAUGAUUGAUUUUGCGCAGAUCAUUCGACAAGUAUCUGUUCAAAUCUAUCAUUCUCGCAUCUCAUUACAGGACAAGUUACAACUUGCUCUACAGAUCGAAAUGGAAAUGGAUCGUUGGCUAGCGAGGCUUCCAGAAAUGAUCAAACCCGACAUUGGUGGAUAUAGACCGUCUCGUAGUGCCCUGCGCGACCCGAAAUGGGCACGAAGACAACGGCUUGUAUUGGGAAUUAGGUAUUAUAAUGUCAAAAUGUUGCUCUUCCGGCCUUUCUUAAGCCACUUUCCGCGCAAACUCCGACAUUCUCCAAGCGAAUUGGACCAAACUUUUGACAAAUGUUUGGACGCCGCUAUGAAGACUCUCCAGGUGCUACAUGACCUUUACCGAGUUCACACGUUUUUCCGUUGCUGGUGGUAUAACACAACCUAUAUAAUGCUUGCUACGUCAACACUCCUCCUUCCAAUGUCUAGGCUCGGCAUGUGCGCUGAAACUAUUCCUUUGUUGCAAUCUGUGGAAAUGGGCGUGGAGAUCUUGGAAGCCAUGGAUGAAUGUGCAACAUCACAAAAGUCGGUAGAGAUUAUCAGGCAGUACCUCAGGGAUUUCCGAGCAUCCGGAGCUUCACAGCCACCAGGAGACGACGAAGCCCAAUCUGAGGCGGGACAGGUAUUUGACGUGCCAGAAUGGGCUUAUGGUUUCGGUCUGCCAGAUUAUUCUUUCGAGGGAAUUGCUCAGCUAUUUGACGAUAUGGGAGACAUCCCGCUGGAAUAA